UCCCUGUGAAUUAACCGUGAGUAGAGACAAACACACAGCAGUGGAGCCGAACUGUUACCGCCGAAUGUGACUGAACACUGUAUUGUCCAUGGAAGGUUGCGCCAUUAUUCCAGUCACACAUAUCAGGCUGCAGCCAUGCUAACCUGUGAAAUCUGUGGUGAGGAGAUAAUGCUGGAGGAGGACAUGAAGACACAUCUCCUUCUCUGCCACCUGGAAAAUGACAUGCACUGCCCGCUCUGCUCCCUGUCUGGAGUGUCCUAUGAUGAACUCUGCUUCCACAUUAGUUCUGCACAUCCAGAGGAGCAGCACAGAGGACAGGAUUCAGCCUCAGGCUCUGCUGGAACCAACACUGGUGUAACAGAGAGUGGAAAGCCCCAAACAGCCCCGGAGCUAUUAUUAUCUCAGUCAAGCUGUGAUACAGCUAGUGAAGCAACACCCACUGGUGCUUUUAGUGACGCCACAGACUCAGUGCGAUCUGAACAGAAUACUACACCAGACAAUGGGUGUUCAUCAGCUGGGGAGACUGCACCAAUCACGUCCAUGAUGACAACACAGUGUGCUCAGACAAGACAGGAGUCUGUCCAGCACUGUACUGAGGACUAUAAUGGAAGUAAAUCUGAGGAUAACAAACCCAAACAUAAGCAUCUCUCAUCACCAAGAAAAGAGAAGCUGUUCUCCUGCCCCAUGUGUGCACUGGUCUGCAGCAGUGCUUUCAUCCUGCAGGAGCAUGUCGAGUUGCAUCUGCAGGAGCAGCAGUCAGUUGAAGUCUGUUUUACAGGAGAGAAGAGAUAUGAGUGCCCUAUGUGCUCGGUCGUCUGCAGUAACAGCUUCAGUCUGCAGGAACAUGUGGAACUGCAUUUAGAGCAGGGAGCAGCUGCAAACUCUGCAGGGAGCCCUGGCUCUGACCUGAAGCUGGCCAGACAGCUUCAGCAGGAGGAGGAGCAUACGAGGAAGCAGGAGGAGGCCCAGCAGGAGAAAGAAGAGUUCAAGAAGCUGCAGAGGCAGUUUGGUCUGGAUGGCAGAGGGGGCUACUGCAGGCAGAUGGAGAGAACUAUGGGGAGAGCUGUGGCCAGGGGCCUCAUGGCCCCUGCAGAGUUCCACUUUAAAAGGGCUGAGAUGAUGGAGUCUCUGGCCUCAGGGGUUGAUGAUGGCAGAACCAGAACUCAUGGUGUGAUCAGAGCCUUAUAUGACUACUACCAGACUGAAUGCAGAGACUGCGUCCAUGUGUGGCUGAGUGCUGACACUGACCACUAUUGCUCCUCAGAAGGGGAUAAAGGCUGGGGCUGUGGAUACAGAAACUUCCAGAUGCUCCUCUCAUCUCUACACAGAAUAGACACAUAUGCUCCCUUACUGCCAGAGAAGGCAGUGCCUAGUAUACCUCAGGUGCAGAGUAUGAUCGAGGGGGCUUGGAAAGAAGGACUGGAUCCACAAGGUGCAUCUCACUUCAACCAGCGGCUGCAGGGAACACAAGCCUGGAUCGGAGCAACAGAGAUUUUUGCCCUCCUCACCAGUCUGGGAAUCAGUGCCCGCAUUAUCGACUUCCACCAGCCAACAGGCCCAGGUGACACCCACCCCCGGUUGUUUGACUGGGUGAAGCAGUACUACAGUCAGUCCAGCAGGAACAGCAGACUGCCCCCCAGACUCAUCCACACCUCCCUGCCCCCACUUUACCUGCAGCACCAAGGUCACAGCCGUUCUAUAGUGGGCUUAGAGCAGAAGAAGAACGGGAAACUGUGCCUACUGCUCCUGGAUCCUGGUUCCUCUGUGUCGGACACCCAGAAGCUGCUGAGCAGGGACACUGUCUCCACAGCCGUCCACCACGUCAGGAAGUUCUACGGCAGCCUGAAACACAAACAGUACCAGGUGGUGGCAGUACAGGGCGUGUUGUCUGCUGAGGAGAAACAGAUUAGCAUCUUGGAUUCCAGGACGUUACAUGCUGAAAGGAUCCCAUGAACAGAAAUGCACCUCUUUAUCUCCUGUUUGUUUUUACUGCGAACAUAUAUUUGAUGUUCCAUUUCAGACUAUUUGAUGUAGAUUUUUGCUAAUAAACUCUUUAUUUUUUUAAAUAAACUAUGUGCUCUCCA